AUGACUGAAGUCGAUGGUAUAAUGCCAGAGGCAACAACACAACCCAUUUCCUCCACUCAUGCUCUAACUGAGGAACACUCAGGGCCUAGUAGUAGCGAUUACGCAGACGGUAAUGUUUCGACAGUGGUCAACAAUGACCAACUACAGCAACAACAAUUGAAAGAACAACAAAAUGGGCUGAACAAAAUGAACAAUAGUCGGGUGCCAACGGACGUUGACACACAUAACGAGCAAAUGGAUGUAGACGACGGCGCUGACACCGAAGAAGAUGAUUCCCAAAUGACGGCGUCAUCCACCACAGAAAACGGUAGAGGUGGCGUUUGUGAAGAUAGCAAAAUGUCAACGGGCGAAGAAGAUGGCAAUGCGACGUACACAGAAGAGGAGAAACGACUAAGUAAUGACAUUAAAGUCGAUACCUUAAACGUUCCCAUGGUGGCCAGUUUAAAGGAUAAAUCGAGAAGUUUUUGCAAUGAUGAAUUACAAAAUUCGAACACAUGCACAGACAAAUCGGGUGGUGGUGAAAGCGACGAUGACACACAGCGUUCACGUAGUACUGUUGGCGAAGCGGCUGAUCCUAAAGACAAUAGUAAUGAACCGAGUGAAAGUCUAGAAAGACCAGCAACUGUUAGCAGUAAUACUGACAGCGUUAGUGAAAUAGAGGGUGCCGAUGUAAACAGUGAGGAGGGUAAGGCGAUUAAAGACAAAGAGCACAAAUUAAAUAAAGCCAAGGAUGAAACGGACGACAGCAGAAGUGUCGGUGCCGAUGAACCCAUGGAUACCGGUGCAGACCCACUUUCGAUAAGCAACGAAGUAACAACGCAAGAUCAGAAGAAAGAAAACGGUGUCCCAAAGAACGAUGCCAGUGGCUUUGUGGAUCUGGGCGAUGACUCAGAUGAUGAAGUAAUGCCAGUUUCAAAAGCAAAUGAAGUUGAUACUACGCAGAAUAACACUGAAAACAGUACAGUGACGUCGACGAAUGCGGCUGCUGUACGUAAGACACGUUCGAUAUGCAGUGAUUCAGAUGGCGCAGUAGUUAUUGCCUCAGAUUCAGAUACUGAGGCUAAUAGCAACAUACCGACAAAGCAAAAAGCAUCGAAUGAGGCACAAAUCAUUGACGAUGACGAAGAUGAUGAUUGCGUAGUUAUUGAAGAUGAUACACCUGCGCCACGGCUACACGCCCAAGUGGCAAGUGAUUUGAGCAAACGCAAAAGUAUGGCCAUGGACUCGCCUCAGCACUCGGAUGACUCACAACCGCCAAGUAAACGCCAGCGUAGUGCUGGACCUGGGUCUGUCAAUCAAAUAUCCAUCAAAGAUGCCCGUUCACUUAUGGCACAUGAUACAGCAUCAGCCACGGCCGCUGCAGUCGCAGCUGCCAGAAAAGUGGCAGAGAGCAACGUAUAUCCGGUUAAUAUUACGCCAGCAGCUAAUGUAGCAUCACCAGGUGGACCACCAAAACUUAUACCUGUCGGAAAUCCAACGAGUAUAUCCCUAAAUAAUGUUGGUGGCAUCAAUCCUGCAUCCUUUCCAGGAUUAAGUGGUGCGAAUUCAGCAAAUUUACUACCCGGCCUUACGGAUGACAUGUUUGUACUAGAGGCACCUUCGUUUAUCGUUCCCUAUAUUUAUGAGAAGCCACCGGUGGACAAUCUCAAAAUAAUAGUAAAAGAUAUCGAAGAUAAGUAUAAACUGACGAAAGAUGAUCUCGCAGACGCAGAUAAAUCUGAUGAAUUCGAUAUGAUGACCGAGCAGAAUAAGGAAGACAAAGAGGACAAAAACAGUAAAAAGAAGAAGCGGCGACGUGGCGCCGACGAUCCAGAUGAAUCGUGGUCGGAGGAAUCGGAAGAAGAUGAUGACGAUGACGACGACGAUGAUUCGGAGUCGGGUAUGCGCACUAAAGUCUUAAUCAAAGAAGUUUCCGAUGAUUUGCCAGCACUAAAAGGCGCCAUCAAACCAGCAGCGGCACUUGUGCAAUCGCCCAGCUCCUCAGCACAAAAUUCCGCCACUGCCUCAAAACCCGGUCAAGAGAACUAUUUCGAAAGUCCAUUGGGUAAAUUUUUCAUGGACAUCGGUGUGGGUCUGGUACAAGAGUUUGUACAAUCCGAUUUAAUACGUUUGCAGAAACGUAAAAUGCGUAAGAGUCUAGGAAAGAAUAUUACCGAGUUUGAACGUGCUAUAACGGCACUCUCUGGCAACUUGGAAGCUUCACGCAAGAAGAACACACCCUUCAAAUUCACAAUGAAACGCUGUGAGUUCUGUAAUUUCAAAUCCGAAUCCGCGCUCUCCAUGGCCAAUCAUUACGAAACACCCCAUAUGAAUGGCGCAUUGUAUAAGUGUAAUUUCUGCGCUUUUGAGAUACGUAACGCCACCGAAAUUGUUUAUCACAUGGAAGCGAUACACAACAUCAAAGCGCGUCUUAUUAAACCGCUGCCGUAUCAUCAGUGUCCGAAUUGUGGAUUCGAAGAUAAUGGCAAGGCUAAGUUGGCACGCCAUCAACCGGUUUGCGCGAAGAAAUUCCGCCCUGAAAUCAAUUUAGCACCGCCCGCUGAUUGGGAGGCGCCAGCGAAAAUACCACGUAUUAAGCCGCGUCAUGGGCUCGUGGGUACAGCGACGGCGUAUCAGGCUAUGGCAGCGCAAGCCGCGGCACAAAAGGCAGCGCUUGCAUCCAUACAGCAACAACAUCAAGCAGCAGCUCAAGCGCGUACGAUGCAAGCGGCAGCACUUGCUGCACAAAACGCUGCUAAUAAGAUACGCGGUCGCCCGCCAGUUAUCACGACACAAAAGUCCGGUCCUUUGCCAAGUGGACCAAUGCUACGUGGACCCGCACCAAUACGCUCCCAAAUGGCCACGAAUGUGGUGCAGCCCAAUAACUACCAAGUACCAGGCGGACAACUCCUGCAGGCAGCAAAUGCUUUUGCUAAAAAAACGCUUACCGGUCAACCAAGUAUUUCAAUAACUCCACUACCUCGCCAAAACACUGCGCAGCCAGUUGUGACAUCGCCGUCAACCAGCAAAAUGCCACCGACCGGUAUGAAGCCUGGCCAAAACCUAAUGGUCGGUGGUGGUGGCAAUAGCAAAACACAAUUUGUCAUCUGUGAGAUUUGUGAUGGUUACAUUAAGGAUCUGGAACAGCUACGCAAUCACAUGCAAUGGAUGCAUAAAGUGAAGAUACACCCGAAAAUGAUCUACAACCGGCCGCCACUGAAUUGCCAAAAGUGUCAAUUCCGUUUCUUUACCGAUCAGGGUUUGGAACGACAUUUACUGGGCUCUCAUGGUUUGGUCACAAGCUCGAUGCAAGAAGCCGCUAAUAAGGGAAAAGAUGCCGGCCGGUGUCCCGUCUGUGGCAGGAUGUACCAAUGGAAGCUGUUGAAUCACGUGUCACGCGAUCAUCAUAUGACAUUGAAACCUGCACAUUUGUCCUACAAAUGCACAGUGUGUACAGCAACCUUUGGCAUGUACAAACAAUUCGAGACACAUGUGUAUACGGCGCAUAGUACAGUCGCCAAAAAGGCUAUGGAUGGCAAGAAGAACAAUACAUCGGCUUCGGCGUCGAGUGCAGGUGGUAUGGCCAGCGGUAGCGGUAUGGGUGCACUUAAUCAUCAACAGCGUAGCAGUUUAAUGGCAACGAAUGACUCAUUAUUGAAGCCGCUGAAAAUCAAUGAUGAAAUCACAAUUAUACCACAACCAUCGUCAAAGCCACGUAUUACGAACAUGGAGAGUCACAUCAUAGAUUAAACAUAAUGCAGUAUAAUUCAAAUGCAGUAGGACAUAUUAUAAAAAAGUGUACUACAACAAGGAUGGUGAAGGAAAAUCGAGUAGUGGAUAAAGCGUGCAUUAAAUUUACCAAAUCAGGUCGCAUUUCGUAAUUUGCUUGAUUCGACGACGCUGCCACGACGAUCCAAUCACACCUGUUAAAGUACAUACAUACACAACACACAUACAUAUAAGCUGUAACAUACAAACAAAAAUAGCAGCAGCUAAGCUACGCUGAAACCCAUGGGCAAACAAGUGGGAGAAAACAACAAAAAAAAAUAUUAAAAAUAAAAACAAGAAAAACAAACAAACAUAGCUUUGAUAAACGGACAGAAAGUGCACAGUCAUCAACGUUUUUCAACCUAAAACACUACACUCUUUUAGCCGGCGCGUUGAAUGCAGUUGAUGGAUGUCACCCGAAAAUAAUUUUUAACUAAAUUUUACUUUUAAACAAUUUGUGUGCGGCAGCAAAAGUAGUACACACUCCAUUCGAGCGUUGUGUUUGCUUCAUGAAAGGGUGAUAGAGCAAGCACACAUUCUCUGUGUGUGUGUGUGUCUGGGUACAGUAAUUUUAUUUAUUAAUUCUGUUAGUAUGUAAUGAAACAUUAAAGAUGUGGAAAAACAGCGGUAAGCACAUUAAUGGCGUGUAAAUUAGUAAAAAUAAAUAAUAAUAAAGAUAAAUAAUAUUACAAAAGUAUAAGUGAAUACAUAUUAUUAGUUUAUAGCAGAAAAGAAGAAGAAAAAAACAAAAAUAUUAAAAAAAAUACACAAACCACACCCAAAUUUACACUAAGCAUUAAAACACACACAAAAGAUAAACACAUAAAUAUAAUUAAUAAAUUAUUGAAAAAUUAACAGUGGAAAGUAUUUUUGAGAGCUAAGACAUAAUUCUACAUUUCAUGCCACUUCUAUGAUUUCAGAGAGUGGCCUAAAUGAGUGGUUUUUGUGCAUGAAGCGCACCAAAAGAUUGCUAUUUAUUUUUAUUUUACUAUUUUAUUUUAUUUUUUUUAUAUCACUUCUUAGUGUAGCGCAAAAUGUGGACAGAAGUAAUUAAAAAAAAAUAUUAUACAAAUAAAUGUUUGUUUUUUGUGGUGUCCUUCAUCUAACUCCACACACACACACCGUCCUCAAAAAUAGCUUUCCAAAUUACUGUCAAACUUCUCAAUAAAAUCGUAUUUCUAAGGCCCACUAUAUGCUAACGAAAUAACUUUUGCAUGCGAAAAGCAUUAUUUGUCAUUCGUAUACAUUGUAAUAAUGGCGCAAGGUUAAGGUGUGUGUUAGCUGAUACCACAAACAACCUUGUUGGCUAAACAU